UUGUUAAUAACAGGAUGUUACAUGAAAGAAAACGCACUCGGAGAAAAUGGAGGAAAAGGUAUAAGGGGACAAAAGCUUUUUUGCAAUCGUGGAAAACCACUUUGAUCUCAACCAAAUGUGGCACUGCAUAAUUAAUCAUUUUAGUCUCUAUCAACAUAAUUCUAGAGUUUCUUUAAUUUAAGUGACCAUGUUUGAUUUUUUCUAUUAGAUGAAGGAACUUGCGAACGUGUAAUGUAAAAGCAUUAGGGACUCAUUGUUGUUUUGGUCCGGUUCUUUUGACCACGUCUUUUUGGUAUCACCAAUAACCACCUACUUCGUCACCUCCCUCAUAAAAUUUUUCACUAUAAAGAUUCCAAUUAUGUGCACAUCUUAAGAACACACAGACAAAAUGUAUCUCGUGUGACCUAUAUCUCUAUCUCGAAAAAGAGACAGCACUAUGCUUUCUUAACAUAAUUUAAAGUGAAACUAUUUUUCCUCGCUGUGGCGAUAACGUGUAACUUUUUUACCAAUUCAACUCCUAAUUUAGACAGAGAAAGUGAUCGGAGAAUGGCUACGGAGCAUAUUACACGUACGUCGGACCAAUACAAUGUCGAGCUUUUACCUAGCGACGAAGAUGCGCCGCCGCUUUCGUCGUCGUGGCGUCUCAGCCUCGACACUUUCCGACUUCCUUCUUCCCCGUCGUCCACCGGCCAUCACGACGUUCGAACUCGCUUUUCCCGCUACUUCCGUACUCCCAGGAAGGAACGUAAAGUUUCUGAAUACUACAAGAAGCAAGAGAGGCUCCUCGAAGGCUUCAAUGAGAUGGAGUCUAUCCAUGAAACCGGUUUUGCUUCUGGAGCUCCAACUGAGGAAGAAAUGAAGAAGCUUGCUAAGAGUGAGAGACUGGCUGUUCACAUCUCCAACGCUACAAAUUUGGUGCUUUUUGUGGCAAAGGUUUAUGCCUCUAUGGAGAGUAGAUCCAUGGCUGUGAUUGCUUCAACUCUGGACUCUCUCUUGGAUCUAUUGUCUGGUUUUAUUCUCUGGUUUACAGCUAAUGCCAUGAGAAAACCAAACCAUUUUCAUUAUCCUAUUGGCAAACGACGGAUGCAACCUGUGGGCAUCAUUGUGUUUGCGUCCGUGAUGGCAACUCUUGGACUGCAAGUUUUGCUAGAGUCAGGAAGGCAACUAGUCUCCAAGAGUGGUAUUCAUAUGAAUAGCACAGAGGAGAAAUGGAUGAUAGGGAUCAUGGUCUCUGUCACCAUAGUGAAGUUUCUCCUCAUGCUUUACUGCAGAGGUUUUCAGAACGAAAUCGUUAGAGCCUACGCUCAGGAUCACCUCUUUGACGUUGUCACCAAUUCAAUCGGCUUGGCAACAGCUGUCUUAGCAGUCAAAUUCUACUGGUGGAUUGAUCCUUCCGGUGCUAUACUUAUAGCUUUGUACACCAUAGGGACAUGGGCAAGAACCGUACUAGAGAACGUCCACUCGCUGAUCGGACGCUCUGCACCGCCAGACUUCUUGGCGAAACUGACGUUCUUGAUAUGGAACCAUCACGAACAAAUCAAGCAUAUCGACACAGUAAGAGCCUACACUUUCGGUUCACACUACUUUGUGGAGGUGGACAUUGUUUUGCCAGAGGACAUGAGACUGCAAGAGGCUCACAACAUCGGAGAGACUCUUCAGGAGAAGCUCGAGCAACUUGCUGAGGUGGAACGAGCUUUUGUUCACAUAGACUUUGAGUUCACUCAUCGUCCUGAACACAAGUAUAGUUAGUUUUCGAGCUUUGUAGAAGAACACAGAUCAGAAAUAAGAUUCAGGAGGUGAAUGAUAUGAGUAAUCUUCUCUCUAGUUUUUGUUCUCUAGUUUUUGUUCUCUCACGUCGUUUUGUCUGUAUGGAGAUAGAAUGAAUGUCGUUUCUCUAAAUAUGCGAAAGAAAUGUGUGUGGUUUAACUAUCGAACAUUGUGUUGUCUCUAUUAAUGGCAAAUGCACUGUAUGCCGUUA